AUGGCCCUCAGCGCCGGGCCGGACCCGGCGCCGUUUUUCGAGUCGCGGCGGCGACUGACGUAUUUUUUAGACGCGCCGGUGCGAUACCUGUCGCUGUGUCAGCGGUGGUUGACGCCGUUUCCGAACGGGCGGCUCGUGACCGUCGUCGGCGACGCGAUCGACGUCAGCGAGGGCGCUGAGUAUGCGAAAGGUGGUAAGGUGGAGAGCCCGAGCAGGGAGGAGGUGAGGAAAGCGCACGCGCGGUAUUGCGACGCGUUGUUGAAGCUCAUCGAGGAGACCAAGGCGGAGGCGGGGUAUCCGACGCAGCGGACCGUGCUCGUGUAG